CUUCAAACUCUUUUCUUCUUAGCUUGUUUUUAUAUAAUGGACUAAAUGCCCUAAUAUUAUCAUACAAUCAAUUCUCUUAAAGACAGACGUUAAGAAGAAACAUAAAAAACGUGAAAGUAUGGAGAGGAUUCCUUCACUUGUAUUCUUUGCUAGCUUACUUAUCAUUUUUGUCACAGUUGUGAAUCAGACAAGAGCAAUUUCAUGCGAUGAAAGCUUAGGCCUUUGCAAAAAAUGUGACGAAAGAUGCAAGGCCAAACACGGACCAUCAUGCAUAAGCAAAUGUGAUGGAGAGGUUGGGAUGUUGUCGUGCACAUGCACUUACGAGUGUGGACCAACUUUACCCCCCAAAAGAAACGUUUGCAGCGGUGGGACUGGUAUGUGCAGUGGGAAUUGUCCUGAUAAAUGUUGUGAUACCAACUGCGCACAAAAGUAUAAUGGUGGACGUGGAUUUUGUAACUCCCUUGGUAAUUAUAAUUUGUGCCAAUGCGAAUACCCUUGCUAAAACAGGGUAACAAAAUUU